GGUGACACGGUGAACACGGCAUCUCGAAUGGAAUCCAAUGGCCUACCGCAUCGCAUCCAUGUCUCGCAGGAAACAGCUGAUGCUCUCCGUGCCAAGGGCAAGGAAGUGUGGUUGACACCACGUCCAGACAAAGUCCAAGCUAAAGGCAAGGGGCUUUUGCAGACCUAUUUUGUAGACACAACAUCUAAGGCCAGGUCGGUUGUUUCAGGGUUGACCCUUGGAGACACAACGGUUGGUUCGGAUAUGGACAUGGACAAUGACAUGAGUCAUGCCAGUGGCAGCACUGAGAAUGCUCCUCAGCACAGCAGUUUACCGGAUGACCUGGCAGGAUUGACAAUAGUCGGUGCUGGAGGAGUGGUUGCCAACGAGCACAUCAACCAUGAUAGUGAUAUUACUGGUCGAGGUGAUGAAACGCAAGGCACUGCUCUAGGACGUGAAUUCGAGGUGUGAGCGUGAAACAACGGAAUGACAGCUAGCCAAUGCAGUGGCUGCUAAAUACAUAAUAAGAUACUACUAUUCGUUGCC